UUUCUUUAUAAAUGCUUUCCUAUCAGAAUUUAGGAUAAAAUGACUAUUAGAAAGACAAAUAAAUUCCAUCACAAAGCCCUCUAUCUAGACCAAAAGAAAACAAUACAAAUUAAUAACCUACUCCAGUUCCUCAACCUUUCAAUACGUUACUACCAGCUAAUCUGUAAUUUUAUAUAUGAUAAUUACAAUAGUUUGCAUCCACCCACAAUGGAAAAUGAUAGACAAUCGUAAGUUUUUGUUUUCAUUUAGAAUUAAAUCCAACUUAACACAAAAAGAUUAAUCAUUUAGGUCGAAUUAUAAUAUUAACUAAAUCAAUCCACAAGAAUAAAUACUUCUUGAAAAGCAACAAUCACUAAUGGAAGAAAGAGAAGACUUAAAGUUAUAUCAUUAUGUUAUUUAGAACACAAAUGAAGAAGUUACAGAAUGAGAAUUUACAACUCAAAAAAGCUAUCGACUAACUUUAACCUGAAUUGUAUUCAGUUUUCCUUCUAAUCCUUUUAGAUAAUCAUUUAAAAACCAAAAGUCUAUUGAACAAGAACUCAAAGCCAAAUUUGAUUAUUAAGAGGAAAUGAUUGUUAAAUUAAAAUCCGAAGUUCGUAGAAAAUCUGAAGCUCUCCAAGAGAACCAAUAUAAGUUAGCUGAAAUGGAAAAAUUAUAAAAAAAGUUGGAAGAUUACAAUAUCUUAGCUUCUAAGUCAAAUGAUCUAAAUAAAUAAAUUAAAGAUCUAUAAGAUUAAGUUUAAGAUUAGAAAAGAUAAUUAGUCUAUCUUAAUUCAACUGAACAUGAAAAUAGUAAUUUAAAAGAGUAUAUCGAUAUAUACAAAUAAUAAUUAAGAGAAAAAGAUGUUAAAAUUGAAUAGCAUCGAGAAUAAUACGAAUAAUUAUUUUUAGAUAACAAGAAAAUGAAAUCCACUUUAGAUAUGUUGAAUUUCGAACUUAAAAAAUAAUAAGAAAACUCUAACGAUUAAUUACAUAGAGCAACUCUAUAAAUUACAGAUUUAUAAGGGCAACUGAAUUCUUAUUAAAAGAAUAUUGCUAAUUAAGCCCAUUAAAUCGAGUUGUUAAAAUAGUAAGUUAAAUAAUUAGAAAUUAAAGAAAAAGAACUUUAUAGUACUAAAAAUUUAUUAUUGAAGCAAGAAGAAGCCGUCUCAAACUUAAAUUAAUAAAAUUUAUUAUGUAAUAUAUUGUUUAAUAUUGCUUAGAACAAAAAGAAAUAGAAAAAUUAGCUUAGACUUUGAAGAAUGGUAAAUAGGAAUAUCUAAAUUAAUAAUAGAAACUAAUUAAUUCUGAAUAAGAAAUUAAAAAAUAAUCCAAUCAACUUUAAUAAUUACAAAAAUAAAAAGAUUAAUUAUUUCAAUAAUGUUAAUACCUUGAAUAAGAAUUGAAAAAAAAACAAGGAAAUUUAGAUUAAAGCAUAAAUUAAUCUUAAAUUAAGUAGAAUGAAAUGAAAACAAUUUUAGAUUCAAAAACAAAUUAAAUUUAAAAUAUGGAAGGAGAAUUAUAAAAAAGAGAUGGUAUCCUUUAUAAUUUAAAUCAAUAAAAUCAAUAAUUAAAAAGCUAACUUGAGUAGUAUUUGUAAGCUGAUUCUUUAAAUAAAAAUGAGUUGAAUAGUAAUUUUGCAAAAAUGAAAGAAAUGCACAAUGAUUUAAUUUUGUAUGAAAAAUAAAUCGAUUCUUUAAGUUUGGGUAUUGGAUAAUUUUAUUUAUAUAGAAAACCAUUAAAUAAAGUUGUAAAAUUAAAUGCUUUCAGAUAGAAAUAACUAAUUAGAAUUCGAAGUUACAAAAUUAAGAGUAAAUAUCUCUUCUAUAUAGGAAUAAUUAAUUUAAUAAGAUAAUCGAUUGAGAAAUUUAGAAAAUGAAUUACAGACUUAGACAUUCAAUUAAAAGCUAAAUACAGUCACGAUACCUUACACUUCAGAUUAACUUUUUCCGACUUAAUAAUAGUUCUCUUAAAUAAAUUCACCAAAAGGUUCCUUUAAUAAUUAAUUUAAUUUUUAUAAAUGAGAG